CGCUGGGGGCUAGCCUCUGAAGCUAACAGGGUUCACUCUCCUCGGGGUACGCCUCCUGCUCCAGGCGCUGAAGCUCCGCCUUGGCCGAGGACGACGUCAGACCCAAGCUACAACUCCCGGAGCGACACCAAAGAUACAAGAUGAACAGCUGAUGUCCUCACAGCCGUGCGGCUCUCCGCUGGUGGUGACGGUCCUCUAGAAGAAGCUCCUUCAAGAGGAGGAGCCUACAGGGAGAGCUUCCUGUGGGUAGGCUCCUGGAGGAGGAGCCUACAGGGAGAGCUUCCUGUGGGUAGGCUCCUGGGGGAGGAGCCUACAGGGAGAGCUUCCUGUGGGUAGGCUCCUGGAGGAGCUCCUCAGUCUCCGCCUCCUGGUGAGAUGCUUCACCUCCGCCACUUCCAUCCAGCUGCACUUCACCUCCGCCUGACGCCACGGCAACACUGAGGGCCCCGCCCCGCCCCCGGCGCCAGGGGCCCCGCUGUCCCCAGCCCUCCAUGGCCGCGCCCCGGUCCCCCGAACCCAAGCAGCGGGGGGGCGGAGCGUGGGGGGGAGGGCGGGGCCACAGGCCCAGCCCCCUGUCCUGGCUCCUCCUCUGCCUCCUGUCCGUCGGCCCGGCGGCCGCCAGCCUCCCGGGGCUGGAGCACGACUACGCCGUCAGCCCCAAGUUUGUGUGCACCCCCAUCCCGCCGGAGGCCGACCCCAGCUGCUACUCCCCGCCCCUGCCCCACGGCGGGGGGGGCGCGGGGCACGGCGGGGGGGGCCACAGUGCCGGGGGUCACGGCGGCGCCGGCCACAACGGCAGCAGCCGGCGUGCGGUGAUGUCGGAGGAGGCGAAGGCCACCAUCCUGCACCUGCGGGAGAGCCUGGUGCGGCAGAAGGAGGUGAUCCUGGACCAGCGCGAGACCAUCCGGGAGCUCACCGCCAAGCUGACGCUGUGCGAGGGCUUCGGAGGACACCAGGGCAUAGGUCACCACGACAACGGGCGCCAUGACAACGGUCACCACAACGAACACAACGAUCGACGCGGUGGUCACCACGGGCCCCACCGUGACCACUACUACCCCCACGGGGGCCACCAUCCCGACCCCCACCACCCAGACCCCCACCACCCAGACCCCCACCACCGUGAACCCCACCACCCAGACCCCCACCACCACCCCCACCACCCCCCCAGGAAGAGCCCCUCCCACAGUAAGCCCAGCUCCUUCUCAGCCGAUCAGACGGCCAAGACCCUGCAGACGCUGAAGGAGAGGCUGGAGAACCUGCAGGCCAGGAACUCGUCCAGCUCCUACUCCAGCUCCCUGAGGGAUCUGCUGCAGAGGAAGAUUAACGCGCUGGAGGAGCAGCUCCACAACCACUACAGGGGCCACCACAACGACCACCACGGCAACGCUCGACAUGACGACCACCACGAUGACCACCACGGCACGGGUCACCACGACGAUCACCCCGACGACCAUCAUGACGACCGUCAUGACAACCGCCACAGCAACGGCCGUCAUGACGACCCCCAUGACGACCACCGCGGCAAGGGUCGUCAUGACGACCAUCCCGAUGAACACCAUAGUCCAGGCCACAAGGACGAUCACCAUGACGACCACCUCAAUACAGGCCACAAUGACAAUCACCGUGACGACCACCACAACAGCCAUCGCACCAAUCAGCACAACAACCACAGAUACCCCCCCCGUAGCAGCCACAGCCCCCGCCCCUACGACCACCACAACGUCCGGCACUACGGCCGCAGUCAGGGCCGUCCGAGCAAUCACCGGGACGACCACCACCCCAUCCACCGGGGACCUGGUCACCAUGACAACCACCGAAGCGGUGGCAGCGGCAACCAUCACGGAGAUCACCACGUCUCCGGUCCCCACGACGACCACCACGUCUCCGGUCACCACGACGACCACCACGUCUCCGGUCACCACGACGACCACCACGUCUCCGGUCACCACGACGACCACCACGUCUCCGGUCACCACGACGACCACCACGUCUCCGGUCGCCACGACGACCACCACGUCUCCGGUCACCACGACGACCACCACGUCUCCGGUCACCACGACGACCACCACGACUCCGGUCACCACGACGACCACCACGGCUCCGGUCACCACGACGACCACCACGGCUCCGGUCACCACGACGACCACCACGUCUCUGGUCACCACGAAGACCACCACGGCUCCGGUCCCCACGACGACCACCAGGAAGUACCCCGCCACAGGAAGAAGCACCCCCCCGUGCGGCUGCAUUACCCGAGCACCCCCCCGGCAGUCCCCCACGGGGGGGGGGCCCACGGCAAGCUGGACACGGUCCUCAGCCACCUGCACCACCGAACCCCCGAGACCGCGGUGACCCACACCAAGACCCCCCAGGACCCGGACGUGUUCCAGAUCAGCUUCCCCCUGCGGACCGGCUACAUGCACGCCCGCAUGAAGGGCGCGGUGCUGAAGGAGGUCUUCGCCCUCACCGUCUGCCUGUGGCUGCGCGGCGGGGCGGGGGGGCCGGGCCUCGGGACCCCCUUCUCCUACUCGGUCCCGGGCCAGGCCAACGAGCUGGUCCUCAUCGAGUGGGGCAGCAACCCCAUGGAGCUGCUCAUCAACGACAAGGCGGUGACCCUGCCCAUGAUGCUGACGGACAGGAAGUGGCACCACGUGUGCGUGGCGUGGUCCACCCGGGACGGGCUGUGGGAGGCGUACCUGGACGGGCUGAAGAAGGGCUCCGGGGAGAACCUGUCUGCCUGGCACCCCGUGAGGGCCGGGGGCGUGUUCAUCCUGGGGCAGGAGCAGGACUCCCUGGGGGGUCGGUUCGACGCCUCACAGUCCUUUGUGGGGGACAUGGCGGACCUCCAGUUCUGGUCCCGGGUCCUGGCGCCGGCGGAGGUGCACAGCCAGGCCAGCUGCGGGGCUCACCUGGUGGGGGACGUGCUGUCCUGGGGGGAGGCCAGCGUGGAGCUGCACGGGGGGGUCACCGCCCACCCCUUCCUGCCCUGUCACUAGAGGACUACAGCCCCCCCAGGAGGAAGGAUUACUUCCCGGGAUGGUUCUGGUCGGCGGCCAUGUUGGUUUGACCAGCCUGGACUCGGCGGCCAUCUUGUCUCUGUUGUUUUGGUGUCCUGACCUCCAGACUUCCUGCCCGACCCUCUGAAGUAGGGCAGCGGCCUAAUGCUCGUUAUCCAAGCCUCAGCUAAGAGGAUUCUCCUCCUCUAAGUGGAAGCUCACCGGCGUCAGCCACCCCUGAUUACUGUCCCGGCCCUGAUGAGAUCAGAGGCUCCGGGACCUCCUGCAGCACACUACAGCGCCCCCUAGGAGCCCCUGGUCAGACCUGGGGCCACGCCGGAACCAGAGAGAUUGGGUUCCUGAUCCACGAUGGUAUGUGAUACCAGUACUCACAUACUAGUGUUAUAUACUAGUAUACUAUGCAUAGUACUUUGAAUAGUGUUUACCACUCAACAUGGUAACGUCAUGCUAACAACCCUCCUGUUCCUGAGGAGGGUUCUGAUGAACACUGAACUGAACACUGAACUGAACACUCAGCUGAACUCUGAAUUGGACUCUGAACUGAACUCUGAACUGAACACUGAACUGAACACUGAACUGAACACUGAACUGAACACUGAACUGAACACUAAACUGAACUCUGAACUGAACACUAAA